GCGCGCUGAAAGGCGGCGAGGCGCGGCCCGAGUCACUCCGGAACGGCGGCGGGGCAGCGCGGAGCGGCUGCCGGCACUGCCCGGGCUGGAUCCGCGCCGCCAAUGUGCCGCGGGAGGCGGGCGCUCACCCCGGCCCUAGAGGUUGUGGUUGCACUUUGCCAGACGGGACUUGCGGCAAGGACCAUGCGGUGAAGCCGAGCGGGACCGCAGCCCUGCACUCUGCGAUCGCAAAGGGAAAUAACAAACAGCCGGAGCAGGAGCCGCGCACCCGCCGCCUCUUCCCGGAGACCUGCAUCGCAACAAGCCCCGCUGCCUGCCGCAGCCUGCAGCCGCCUGAGGCUCGAUCCAGACACUCCGCUUUGCAGGAAGGGCUGGAUUUGCUCCCCGUCGCCUCCGGACCGAGAGCGCUGCGGCCGAAGGAGAGCGCCGCUUCCACGGGCGGCCGGGGCCGCUGCAUGCUGACCCCCGGGAGAGGGGAGCUGCGGUGGGCAGGAGAGCGGGGCUUCUCUCCGCUGGCCCAGUAGGACGUGGAGAUCGGCGAGCGAGGGCUGUGCGGGGACGAGGAGCGCAGCCCGCCGGCCUUCCCCGCCCCGGGGGCCGGGAGAGCGAGGAGCCGAGGCCCCGCCGCCCCCCGCCCGCUGGAUUUGCCGUUCCCCGUGGCUCCGUGCACAUCAGAUUUCAGAUGCAUGCCAGGUUCCUGCUGAAUGCCAGCAGCAGAGAUCACUACAGAUGGAGCCCCAAAGUCAGCAUGGCAGCGGCGGCUCCCUGGUGGUGAUUCAGCAGCCCUCCCUGGACAGCCGGCAGCGCUUGGACUAUGACAGGGACAGCCAGCCCACGACCAUCUUGUCACUGGACCAGAUCAAGGCCAUCAGGGGCAGCAACGAAUACACCGAGGGGCCGUCGGUGGUGAAAAAGUCGGGUCCGCGGACGGCGCCGAGGCAGGAGAAGCAUGAGAGGACUCACGAGAUUAUACCGAUUAAUGUGAAUAAUAACUACGAGCACAGGCCCGGCCACGCGGGGCACGUGGCCCAUCAGCCCAACGCCAGGGCUCCCGUCCUGAGCCGCUCCACCAGCACGGGCAGCGCGGCCAGCUCCGGCAGCAACAGCAGCGCCUCCUCGGAGCAAGGGCUGCUGGGGCGCUCGCCGCCCUCCCGGCCGGGCUCCGGCCACAGAUCCGACCGGACAAUCCGGGCGCAGCCCAAGCAGUCGGCGCUGAUCGUGGACGAUCUGAAGGGGCCUUUGAAAGAGGACUUGACGCAGCACAAGUUCAUCUGCGAGCAGUGCGGGAAGUGCAAGUGCGGGGAGUGCACGGCGCCGCGGGCCCUGCCCUCCUGCCUGGCCUGCAACCGGCAGUGCCUGUGCUCGGCAGAGAGCAUGGUGGAGUACGGCACCUGCAUGUGCCUGGUCAAAGGGAUCUUCUACCACUGUUCCAACGACGAUGAAGGGGACUCGUACGCGGAUAAUCCCUGCUCCUGCUCCCAGUCACACUGCUGUUCUAGGUACCUGUGCAUGGGAGCCAUGUCCUUGUUCCUGCCUUGCUUGCUCUGCUACCCUCCGGCCAAAGGAUGCCUAAAACUCUGCCGGGGGUGCUACGACCGCGUCAAUCGUCCGGGGUGCCGGUGCAAGAACUCCAACACGGUCUAUUGUAAACUGGAGAGCUGCCCCUCCCGGGGUCAGGGCAAGCCCUCAUGAUUUUGGGAGGGAGGUUUACUUCCUCCAACUUCAGUUUUUCAGGUUGUAGCUGAUUUUUUUUCCCUGCCCCCAUCUUUUCUUCUUCCACCCCCCCCUCCUCUCCCAUUUUGGGAGGACUGUUGCUUUCCUUUCCUUUCUGUCUGCCCAACUUCAGACACAUGAGCUCUUCCCCUUGCAUCUUUGCUCUCCUCCUCCUGCUGACUUGGCUGAGUGUGGAGCGUUUCACGCAGUCGCUGCUGCUCUUUGGUAAGUGUGGACCUGGGAUCUGCACCUGCCGCUCCUUCGGGCAGGGUCUUUGAGUUUGUAACUGAACCACUCCUGAAAGAGACAGUGAGGGCUCACUGGGCUCUUGAAGCUUCUUGCUCUGUGAAUAUCUUCCCAAAGAUGGUUUUUUUUUUUUUGUUCUCAGCAAGUUAUGGUUUUUUUCUCCUUAACCUCCUGGGUGCCAAGGAAGAAUAACUUUCCUGAGUGAGCUGGAUUGUGAAAUAACUUUUUGUGUGUGUUCUUUCUGGAGAGGGAUGUAAAAUAAAGGCUUCACCAAAUGAAAGGCCUAACUCUUCUAUAAGCAGCCUGCUUCUUUUUGCAUCUUUUUUUUUUUUCCCCCUCUCCUUUUCUCUUAACUUUUGGAACAUUCUCAGACCCGAGAAUUCUCCAGCCUUUUUUUCUUUUUUCUUUUUUUUUUUUUUUUUACAUUUUCAAUGUAACUUCAGUUUUUGCUACACUGUGUAGAUCUUCACAUUGGAGACGUUGUGGCUGCAACAUACUCAUUUGUUUCUUUUGCUGUCCAGUCUUUGAAGGAUAUUGCUUAUUCCAGCCUCCUAAUCCAGUUUUUAUAGUCUGUCAGUAUCAGUUGAUAUUAAAGUUGGUGGUGUUCAUAUAUCCAAACAGCCUUCAGGUGUCAUUGAGUCACCUAAAUGUUCUUGAAUCCUUCAAGUCUCUUGUGAUCCUUUGGCUUAGUGAGUUUAGCUCUGCUCUGUACUUUAUAAUUUUAUUCUGUCCCUGUUUUAUUGCCUUAGCCACAAAUUGUGGUCCUUUUUUGUAUAUUUUAUGUAUAAAACACAAAGUUGAAUCCCAACUAUUUUUAAGACAAAAGUCUGUUAAAACUUUUUUUAUUGUAAAGAAUAUUUAUUAUGUGAAUCUCUAUUAUUUUAUGAUAUUUAUUGCAAAAGACUUCGAAAAUGUACUCAUGUCUGAAUAUAACAAAAUAUCAAUACUUAACGAAAUAAGGAUGACACGAAGAAAGUACAUAUGUUAACUAUAAUGCAGAAAAUAUAUUAAUUAAUGAAAACGCCUCUGGAGUUCUUUUGUUACAACUGGCAGGUUGUGAGCUACAUGUGUGCAUUGCUGGGCUGUCCCUCCUCCUUCAGCUCUGUCAGGUGGCAAAUAACCUCCUAUUGAUACUUCAAAGCCACUAGUCUGUGCUCUAGUUUAGUUUACCUAAUUUUAAGUUUAAGCCAACUACAUAUCAAAUAAGGGAUGUUUAAUACAAUUGAAUCUGUGUUGUGCUUAACAGUGCCAAGAAAUGGAGGCUCUAUUUAUUUACCAAAGCAUUUGGAAAUACGUUUGUGGAGGAGAAAACCACAACUUCCAAGUUGGUUUCUUUUUUGGUGUUUGUUUUGUUGGUUUGGUUUUUUUGUUUUUUUUUUUUUUUUAAAGAAUACCACAUUAACAUGCAAAGCCAUUCAAAAUUUUCCUAUGUAGAACUUCAUGGCUGGUUAAAUUGUGCAGCAGUUGAAGAAUUUAAUCUCCUCACCUCAAUUCUAAAUAAAAAGUUUGGAGCCAGGAUGAAAAAUAGCGAUUGUGUUGCUGUAGUUUGGUAGCUUUGAAAUCUGGGAAUGUGUGUGUGUGUUUGGGCCUAUGUCUAUGACUUAUUUGGGUCUUUUCCCAUACGUUUUCCAAUGUCAACUGAGUCUUCUGUCUUUAAAUUAAAGGCUCUUAAGGGUGACCUAAGUGUCACAGCUACUUGUGGCCAUUUAACACACAUUCAACAGAAAAAGCUUUUCAUUAAGAGUGAAUGGGGAGACCUCAUUCUUU